UCUAUUCUUCGCCAAAAUUUUUGCUGAUGAGAUCCAAAUUCUCCUUAUGUUUAUAGAUGACAUGGGAUCUAAUGUUUAUAGAUGACAUGGGAUCUAAUGUUGUCCAUUCAUAUCUCAUUUGUGUCAUCUGUGAACCCCCGUGGAGACAAUAUUCACCACAUACAGACUGGCCGAGUGAAGUCUUUGGUAGCCAAGAAAACAGUUACCUGGGUUAUUUUUGAAGUUUGCUUCUGAAUCAAUCGGCUGCUGUUUCCAGUCCUUAUACAAACAGAAGUGACUUUGCAUCUGAUGAUCAGCCUUGAUCAGUUUACUAAAAACAGAACCGCCAUGGAGAGAAUUUUCACAUACAUAGCUGCGUUGUUUACUCGUCUGCUGUUCUGCCUCCAUGCCAUUGCCAUGAUUUACUGGCUGGUCACCUUGAAGCAAGACAAAAUGUACUUUCUGUUUUUACUUCUUCUCGUGGCUCUCUUAGUGGAAACAAUAAUCACUGUGGGAUUUCGCAAGGGACAUGAAUAUAGCUGGUUUUGUCCAAGCAUGUUUUUGUACCUGAUGACAAUGAUUCCCUGUGACUGGAUUGCUAAAAUAGAAGUUCUGGAUUGCGUCGCAUCCAGUAACGAUGCAAGUUCAACUUGCAUCACAGCUGUUAAUGAAACCGAAGAGAUCUUUCAGUUUUUACAAGGAAUUAACAUCACAGACGACGAAAGACUACUAUACACAAUGGAGCAAGCUCUGGUUCUCAUCUUAGUUAUUGGCAGAUGGCUUCUUCCGAAAGGGGGAAUAUCACGUGAUCAGUUAUCCCAACUGCUACUCAUCUACAUUGGUACAGCAGCGGACAUUAUGGAAUUCACCGAGAUCAUUAAAGAGGACGACAUCAGAAAAACUAACCCAAAAAUGCUUCAGAACCAUCACUUUGUCAAUGCAGUUAUUUUGUUUUGGAGUGUUAGUCUCUUUCAGUUCCCUUUGACUAUUUACGCAAUGGAAAGAACAGCACAAAGACUGGAAAAAGAGAAGGCUGAGCUGGAAGAACAGCUCAGAAAAGUUAAAGAAGAGAAGGAUUUUAGAAGAAGGAGAAAUCAAGUGGCGCCCUCAACAGCUUUGUAUGCCUAUAAAAGGAAUCAAAGCCAAGAAUACAAAGAAAAAGAAGAAAUUCGGGUUAGAUACAUUCAGACUAAAUCUGGACUAGAGAUCAAACCUGUAAUGAAGUCAGUAACGAGCAUGGAUGAAGAGGAAGGUGCCACGCAUGCCCCCCUAGGAAGAUGUAUUCGUUGUUGGAAAAGGUUUACUCAAGGUGUCGACAAUUUUGCUGGCAAAACGAAAGAUUACACUGAGCUCGUAAGUUUGCUUAUACCAAUGCUUAUGCAGGAUGGCCCCUUUCUUAUCAUUCGUCUCAUAGUCAUUGCCUAUUAUCAAAUUUACCAUGAUACUUUGUACUUUCUGACGGUCAAGAAUGCCUUGGUUGUAAUGCUUCAAGUUUACCGCAUCUUCGUUUUGUAUUACAAGCCACCAGAAGAGGACACUGAUGAAUUUUUUCCACACAGUGAUGCUUCUCACAGGCUUAACAAUGUACAGACUGCCAUUGAAUCCGUGCAACAAACUCGUCUUGCCAUUAGCUUAGUCUCUAGGCUCCAGCAGCAGGCAAAAUGGCGCCAAAAAAGAGGCCUAAACUCUGGUCGUUUCAAAGUAAAACGUCCCACACAUGAUCCCAAAGAUGAGGACAGUAAGAAAAAUGACAUGCCUUGAAAGGUGUGUCCGUUUUGUA